GUGAGUUGCAUGAAAGUGUUUUUCUCAGAAUUGGUGUUUCUGAAGCAGUGGCUUCACUGAUGCCAGACCCCCCCACACCCGGAUCUCCAGCUUUCCGGACUUGGACUCAGUGGAGGUUUGAGUGACGGCUCUCCCCAGUUAAGAAAUGAGCAGGUGUGCACUGGAUGAACAGGCUUUCCGCUGCUGCUGUCAGCUCCUCCUGCAGCAGUCGGAGCAGCUGAGAGAUGGUUGGAGCUGGGAGCAGGUCCAGGGGUCAGAAGAGGGCUACCUCAAGAAGACUGUUCUCAGGUCAGUUGUAGCUGACUCAAGCCCAGCACUCAAACAGAAGGGAGCGGCUUCAGACUCAGAGUCACGUGUUUCCACCCACUCCAUCCUUGAACCGCAGCGAGAGCAAAGCAGACAGCCUGUUCUUGCUGCCUGUUUUCAUGCUGACGGCACCGAUGAAGACGAUGAUGCCGUGUGUACGCUGUCUGAAGGCAGCAGCCGCGUGCUUCAGUACGAGUAUCACGUCCUGUACUCCUGCAGCUACAGUGCUCCUGUGCUGUAUUUCAGAGCCUUCACUCUGGAGGGGCGGAGCCUGACUUUAGAGGAGGUGUGGGGUUCUGUUCAUCCAAACUUCAAACAUCGCCUUCAGAACAGCCCUUUGAAUACAAUCACUCAGCAGGAACAUCCUCUGCUGGGUCAGCCUUUCUUUAUGCUCCACCCCUGCAGAACCGAGGAGUUCCUGAGGCCUGUGCUGCAGGGACCUCAGGAACAGCACAGGCCAGUGAACUACGUGUUGUCAUGGCUCAGUGUGGUCGGUCCCGUGGUCGGUCUGGACGUCCCGCUGAAGUACUGCACCCAGCUCCAGCAGAGUGGGUGCAGCCACACUGAGGCUGCACCCACUCUGCUCCAGACUUGAGGAGCAGCGCUGUGGGUGUGCUGCCGUGCAGGCUGGAGGCGGCUCUGUGGCUCCCUCCGUAGGACACGAGCGCUCACUGAAUGCAUCAGUCGUGGGCUCCAGGCUCUCAGCUCACAUGGACAGCUGUGGGAGGUGUUGGACAGCGUGUUACAGUGCUCUGCACUACAUCAUCCAAACAGCAGGUGAGGGACUCUUUGAUGGUCCAUCUCUCCAGCACAGAUCUGGACACUCAGAGAAUGGAUGCCAAAGCCCACUGUGGCCCCCACCUCACUGAGACACUGUGCUUCCUGUGACACCGUGCUUUGGUUUCCUGUGUUAUUGAUGCUUUGAAUGUGUUGAUGUGAGGUUAGGACGUGGAGUGUGGAGUUCAGCUUUGUGCUGAACGGUUUCUUUGGAUGUAACUGCCAUCUGAGCCGCGUUUGUUCUGACAUUAUGGAAAAUGUAAUAAACACCUUCCAGUGAUUGGCGGGCCAUUUCAA